UCCAAAGAGAGAGAGUUGGAAUUUUGGGUGUGUUGAGAGGAAGGAUGGGUGUGCCGGCGGUGAUGACGACGGGGGAGGGAGGGAGUCCGAGGAGUCCAGAGGCGAAGCUGGGGAUGCAGGUAGAGGAUUUGUGGGACGUUCAGGAGCCUCAGCUGAGUCCAACUGAGAAGCUCAAUGCUUGCUUUGAGGGUGUCCCUGUUUCUGCUUUCCCUCCUGCUCCUGAAAAUCAAGUGAUUGAGAUAAAGUCAGACACCAGUUUAGCAGAAGCUGUUAAAAUCCUGUCCCAACACAAAAUCCUUAGUGCACCGGUGGUGGAUGUCGAUGCGCCUGAGGACGCUAGCUGGAUCGACAGAUACAUCGGUAUUGUCGAGUUUGCCGGAAUUGUCGUGUGGAUCCUGCAUCAGUCAGAACCACCGUCCCCAAGGACCCCGACUAGUCCAUCUAGUGCAACUGCUAUUGCAGCAGCAGCUAAUGGACUGAAGGGUCUUGAUCUUGCAGGACUUGAUUUCGGCUCUGAGUUUGCCGCAGCAACUUCAGGAAGUUUUUUCGAGGCUUUGACUUCUUCCGAGUUUUACAAGAACACACAGGUUCGAGAUAUCUCGGGGUCAUUCCGUUGGGCUCCGUUUCUUGCUUUGCAGAGCUCCAACUCGUUUUUGACCAUGCUCUUGCUUCUUUCAAAGUACAAAAUGAAGAGUGUUCCUGUCGUCGAUUUGGGUGAUGGAAAGAUUGAUAAUAUCAUCACACAAUCUGCUGUGAUUCACAUGUUAGCGGAAUGCGCUGGACUUCAGUGGUUCGAGAGCUGGGGAACCAAGAAACUAUCCGAGCUUGGUCUUCCCAUGAUGACUGCUAAUCGCAUUGUCAAGGUGUACGAGGAUGAACCAGUGCUGCAAGCGUUUAAGUUGAUGAGGAAAAAGAGGGUUGGAGGGGUACCUGUGAUUGAAACCGGCAGUAGCAAGGCAGUAGGUAAUAUAAGCCUAAGAGAUGUCCAGUUCUUGCUUACUGCACCAGAAAUUUACCAUGAUUACAGAUCCAUCACGGCGAAGAACUUCCUACAGCAGGUUGAAAGCAAGCAUCAUGAAGUCUACCCAACGUUGAGUACCAUGGUUACGUGCAAAAGGGAUGACACAGUUAAGGAUUUAAUCUUGAUGCUGGACUCCAAAAAGAUCCACAGGGUAUAUGUUGUGGACGAUGAUGGGAAUCUGGAAGGAGUCAUUACCCUUAGGGACAUCAUCUCAAGGCUAGUUCACGAACCCCGUGGCUACUUUGGUGACUUUUUUGACGGUGUUCUACCGCUGCCCCAAAACAGCAGGGUUUGAGAGAGGCAUCAAGAGCAACAUUCCGAUCUUCCCCCAAACCGAAAUGAGCAUGUUCCUAUUUCGUUUUCUUUUUUUCUUUUUUUCCUUUCCCCCUUGUAUGUAAUGAUCUCUGUCUUAGUCCUAUGGUGGUUUUGCUGGUUGUGUUUUCGUUGUAGGCAAGUCUUUUGUAACUAGUGUUCUUCAGUUUGACAGAGCUUUUAACUUUCUGUAAAUUUGUUGUAUCCAUGAGCUCCAUGGGAGCUUUUUUGCAGUAAUAAUCUAAUAAUCAAAACUCUCUCUUUCUAUCUA